AAUGAAACCACACAGUGGAAUGCACACAUUCCCUCUCUCUCUAGUAUGAGUACACUCACACACCCUCACACUAACCCAUGUAUGUCGGUCGAGUCCUCUCUCCUUCCUGUUUUUCACAACUACCUGCCUUUUUACUUACGCUAUUGUCGCAGACAGGAAAACUCCCAGGGGUCCCUCCUUCAGGAAUUCGAACUGGGAAGACUAGCCUCGUGAAAGCCGAGACGGCAGCGUAGACGUCUCUGAACAUAUGUUUGUUGUGAAGACAGAGAGGACCAUGCUUACAAGCUUACUUCCUAGGUGUAGCUGACAUUUUGCUAGUUUGAAAUUUGGCCUGUGAGGAGGUAGAAAAGCAGGGGUGGGGGAAGAACUUCAUUCACAAAGAGCCCACAGCACCCUUAUAGACUGAACCGAGUGCUUCCUGUAGUCCUUGGAAUCUUCACAAUUUUGUCCUGAUGGAUCUGAAAAGGACACACAUUUUCACCAUUCGCAAAAACUGAAAGCUGAAUAACUGGCGAAGAUUCCCAGGGGAGGUGAUUUUGCUUACUGAUGGAAGCAUUGAGGGAAUCUGUUCUUCAUUUGACCUUUCAGAUGUCUACCUACAAGCGAGCCACUCUGGAUGAAGAGGAGCUUUUGGACACCGGCUCUGAUGGCAUCUACCACACCUCUAGCAUGCAGGUGGGAUUGCAGCGUGGUCUGGGUCCUCGAUGCUGGGCUGUGAAGACUCGUGUUGAGAGAAAGCUAGUGGUCGUAGUCUGCGCCCUCUCUCUGGCUUUGUUCAUAUGCAUCAUAACUUUAGGUCUGCACUAUAAGGAAUCUCAUCCGGGAACGUGCUUGUCCGAACCGUGUGUCAGUGUGGCAAGCGCAGUCAUGAGUGCUCUCGAUCGGUCAGUGGACCCCUGCCAGGAUUUCUACAGCUUUGCUUGUGGGGGAUGGAUGAAGAAGAACCCGCUGCCGGAGGGGAAGUCCCGCUGGGGUCCCUUCAGCAACCUUUGGGAGCACAACAUGGCGGUGAUGAAGAACCUACUGGAGAACACCAGCAUGAAAAGCCUGAGCAAAGCGGAGCAAAAGGCCCAGUGGUAUUAUGAAUCCUGUAUGAACGAGACCAAAAUCGAAGCUUUCGGGGCAAAACCACUCCAGGAUCUCAUCAAUCAGACAGGAGGUUGGGGCUUGACCGGCCCAUGGGAGAAGGAUAACUUCCAAGAAGUUUUACGGACUGUGUCAGCCAUCUACCGCACUUCCCCAUUUUUCACAGUUUUUGUCAGCACAGACUCGAAACACUCCAACAGCAACAUCAUCCAGGUGGAUCAGUCAGGGUUGGGACUUCCAUCUAGAGAAUACUAUCUCAAUAAGACAGCCAAUGAAAAAUAUUUAAGCGCAUACCUUAACUUCUUGGUGGAUCUGGGGAUCCUUCUUGGUGGCUCAAAGGAGACCUCUCAGAAGAUUAUGGAGGAAAUCGUAGACUUUGAAACGGCCCUGGCAAACAUUACCGUCCCUCAAGAAGCAAGACGUGAAGAGCUGAAUAUUUAUCACAAGAUGCAGGCCAAAGAGUUAUAUACAUUGGCUCCUGCAGUAGACUGGAUGCCUUUCCUCUCUGCAGUGUUUGUUCCUGUUGUCCUAAAUGACUCUGAACCCGUGGUUGUGUAUGCUAAAGAAUACCUUCAGAAAGUCUCAGAGCUCAUCAGCAACACUAACAAGAGUGUUUUGAACAACUACAUGAUGAUGAAAGUGGUGAGGAAAAUGGUGUCCAUCCUGGACCAGAGGUUCCAAGAUGCAGAGCAGCGUUUCCUUGAAGUCAUGUAUGGCACAAAGAAGAGCUGCACGCCACGCUGGAAACUUUGUGCCAGCGACACGGACAGCGCUCUGGGCUUUGCCCUUGGGGCGCUGUUUGUCAGAGCUACCUUUUCUGAGGACAGCAAAGCUUUCGUUGAAGAUAUGGUCUCGGAGAUCAAAUGGGCUUUUGAAGACAGUCUAAAGACCGUUGGCUGGAUGGAUCCGGAGACAAAAAAAGCCGCCAAAGAAAAGGCAGAUGCAAUAUACAACAUGAUUGGAUAUCCAAAGUUCAUCAUGAACCCAAAAGAGCUGGAUAAGGUGUUUAAUGACUUUGAUGUCGUUUCAGACCUCUAUUUUCAAAACGUCAUGAAUUAUUACAACUUCUCUGCUCGGGUGACGGCCGACCAGCUCAGAAAGGCUCCCAACAGAGAUCAAUGGAGUAUGACCCCACCCACAGUUAAUGCCUAUUACAACCCCACCAAAAAUGAGAUGGUACUUCCCGCUGGCAUACUCCAGGCUCCCUUUUAUAAUCAUCCUUGGCCAAAAGCCAUGAACUUCGGUGGUAUAGGUGUGGUUAUUGGGCACGAACUCACCCACGCCUUCGACGAUCAAGGAAGAGAGUACGACAAGGAUGGAAAUUUACGUUCAUGGUGGCAAAAUUCUUCAGUCGACGCUUUCAAGCACCAGACACAGUGCAUGGUGGAGCAGUACAGUAACUACAGUAUAAAUAAAGAACCUCUCAAUGGAAAACACACUUUGGGAGAAAACAUCGCAGACAACGGAGGCCUAAGAGCAGCUUAUAAGGCUUAUGUUAACUGGAUCAAGAAGAAUGGUGAGGAGGCCACUCUGCCUGCUCUUGGGAUGACCAACCAUCAGCUGUUUUUUGUGGGAUUCGCUCAGGUGUGGUGCUCAGUCCGGACACCCGAAAGCUCUCACGAGGGCGUUAUUACAGACCCACACAGCCCACCUCGUUUUCGGGUCAUUGGCACGGUCUCCAACUCUCGUGAGUUCUCUGAGCACUUUGGCUGCGGGGCAGAUUCACCCAUGAACUCCAAACGAAAGUGUGAGCUAUGGUGACAAUAUUGGGAGUGAGACUGAGCCUGCAGUGAACACUUCUGCGCUGUGGUUAUCUCUCAAUAUAUGUCAAACGUCCAUCUCAGGUUGCCUUAUCUAGACUGCCAAAAUUGUGGUGGGCUACAUAUUUUCCAGCAUCUAUUUGUCUGGGGCGUAGAUUUGGGCUUUGUGGAAGCCUUUGAAACUGAGUUUGAUUCUUAUACAAACUUUUCAAACACUGGAAAUAGUGGUUAUAUGUAACGGGAAAUAGCUUUCUCCCUGCAAAUUUGUUUUUGUAGAAUAUAUGAUUUUUUAUAUGCAAAUGCUUUUAUUUUUUUAAAGGGAAUGAUAUUUAUUUUCUCACUGUACUACAUUGGGGUUUUCUUUCUUAACAUUUGCCAGCUCUUGUGCAACGUGUUUUUUUAACAUUGUUAAAUAAUAUUGUCCAUAUUUUGAUACAUGGUCACCUUUAUCAAGAAUAAGUGUGGUGUUAAACCGAUUUUGCCUGUGUCAUAUGAACUUUAUCCGUUCAUUUACAAGACUGAGAUAAAUGAUCAGAUGUUAUCCAACACAUAUGUUAUUUAAUUAUGUUAAAUGAAGAAUACAUUACUGCUGUGUAUUAUGUAACUGUUCUGUUGGAGUUUUUAUUGCUGGACCAUUAUACAACAAAAUGCCUUUUUAAACAAAAUACACAAAUAUUG